CAAACAAGUACUGAAGACGGCGGGAGAGUUUGGGGCUGAUAACUUCAGUUUACACAUCUGAAAAAAAAUCCUUAAAACAUUAUGUUUACCGAAGAGACAGCUGAGUGGACCUACAGAGAUCACAUCUGCAGUUUGAAUCUAGUCCUGUCCAGUUAAUCGUAAGUGUCAGAGCAACGAAACGGCGAUAAUAUUCCCGUUUGUGUUGAGCUCAGACAGACAGCAGUGGAGUCGCGGCUGGAUUAGCAGAAGCCGAGGGACUCAACGCUCCUGGUGUCCGCAUGAACGCGGUCAGUGUGGCGACCAAACAGGGAGCUUUCACGCCAGACUUGAACAUCCCGACUGGCUGCGGUAAUGGCACCAGUGCCUGCUUCUCGUGAACGGUCAAGCUAAGUCUCUUAAAGUAGCAUAAAACGAGCUGCAGCUAUGGGUGACAGGACGCUGCCCUCAUGGAUGGCAAACAGACUUAACCAAGAAGACCAUGUGCGCUCCCAGGGUCUCUACAAAAAGAAUGUCCUAGAAGAUGAUCUUCCAUACUUGGAAUUUGGUGGCAUAGUUAUGUACAGCAAGGAGAAAAAUGAUUGCUCUUUUUUAUCAGAAGAUUUAAGGUCCUCUCUUGCACCUGGCUCAGCUGUGGGCUUUGAUUUAGAAUGGCCUCCAUCUUUCACUAAAGGAAAGAGCAAGAAAGUGGCUUUGGUCCAGGUUUGUGCCUCAGAGGAGAAGUGCUACCUCUUUCACCUCUCCCCAAUGUCAGGAUUCCCUCCUGGCCUUAAGAUGUUUCUAGAAGAUGAAAACAUCAAGAAGGUUGGUGUGGGCAUUGAAGGAGACAUGUGGAAGCUAAUGUCUGAUUAUGAAAUUAAACUGAAGAAUUGCAUAGAGCUCUCUGAUUUGGCAAACAAGAAGCUGAGGUGUGUGGAGAAAUGGAGCUUGGAUGGACUGGUUAAGCACUUAUUCAACAAACAACUCUUCAAAGAUAAGAAUGUACGCUGUAGCCACUGGGAUAACUUUGAGCUAACAGAGGAGCAGAAACGAUAUGCUGCAACAGACGCCUAUGCUGGAUUGAUAAUUCAUCAAACACUAGAGAGACUGGUGAGCACAUGUGCGUUAAAGACUCCGGCUUGUUUAAAACAGAGGCUUUCUCAAAUUGGCAGAGAACUUCAGGACCUUACUAGUCGCGUUCCCGAUGGACUCAACUGCACAAGCAGCACUGAAGCAAUACUGGAAGAAUUAUCUGAGCGGGUUGCAUCUUUGAGAGAUCUUCUGAAGAGCAGUGCAGAUGUGGCUGAGGAUGCAGUAGGAGAACAUUCUCCAAACACCAGUGAGAACCAAACCCCUCAGAAUGUUAAGAGUGACACAAUGGAUCAUGAAGCUAUUCAAGAAUCUUCUGAAGGCAGAGAUGCUUAUGUCCCAUUUAAAGAACCUUGGAAGGACUCCGUGUUAUUGGAAAAAGAUGAAAGGCCCAGUGUUCCAUCAGUUCACAGAGAAUGCAUCAUGUCCCAUAUUUCUGAGUAUGAGCUUCAGAUGCUGGAGAUGCAGGCCAGAGAGGAGGAGAAGGAGGAACAGUCAAUUUUGGCUUUCCAGGAGAAAGCAGCCCUGGAGAGCUCUGCUGACUUGUCGUACGAAGCUGAGAGUGAUGAGGAGUUUGACAGCCAAAUGAUUCAGUGUGCUGAAGAAAUGGAGAAGCUGAAUGAUAGUUUCGAUAAACAGCCUGAUGAACCCCAGCCAGAGGAUGAAGAUGAGGAUGUUGAGGAGGAUAAGGAGGAAGGACUUGAUCCAAGUCUUCCAGAACCAGGUCCUGAACAGAUUAAAUGUCUGAAAAUGUUUUUUGGACAUCACAAUUUUAAACCGGUACAGUGGAAAGUGAUUCAAUCCGUUAUUCAAGAGAGGAGGGAUAACCUUGUUGUCAUGGCAACUGGUUAUGGAAAGAGCUUGUGCUUCCAGUUCCCUCCAGUUUACUGUCUGAACAUCAGUGUGGUUAUCUCACCUCUGAUCGCUUUAAUGGAGGACCAAGUGCUGCAGCUCAACAUGUAUAACAUACCGGCUUGUUUCCUUGGAUCGGCUCAGACCCAAAAUGUGUUUGCUGACUUGAAAAAGGGGAUUUUCAGAGUUGUAUAUAUGACACCAGAGUUCUGUUCAGGAAAUAUAUCUCUGCUUGAGCAGCUGAAUAGAUCAAUUGGGCUUUCACUGAUUGCAGUGGAUGAAGCUCACUGUAUUUCACAUUGGGGGCAUGACUUUAGAGGUGCUUACAGAGACCUUGGCGUAUUGAAGAGAUGUCUCCCAGAUGUUCCCAUUGUGGCACUCACAGCCACUGCAAGCCCCUCUAUACGUGAUGACAUAGUGAGGAGCCUCCGCUUGGUGAACCCUCUCAUCACAUGCACAUCUUUUGACCGUCCCAAUCUCUAUCUGGAUGUGGAUCGCAAAUCUGGCGAUAUCAUUAAAGACCUUAAGCGUUUCCUGGUGAAAAAGAAUGGAGGUGACUACGAAUUUGAGGGAGCAACCAUUGUGUACUGCCAAUCUAAGAAGGAGGCAGAGAGAGUGACGGCUGCUCUGUACAAGCUCGGUGUCCGGUGCGGGGUUUACCAUGCAGGCCUAGGUAUCAAGCAGAGGAGGGAAACCCAGUACCAGUUUAUGAGAGAUGAGAUCCAGUGUGUUGUGGCUACUGUAGCCUUUGGGAUGGGAAUUAAUAAGCCUGAUAUUAGAAAAGUCAUUCAUUAUGGCGCGCCUAAAGAGAUGGAGUCCUACUACCAGGAGAUUGGCCGAGCAGGCAGGGACGGACUGCCCAGUGCUUGUCAUGUCUUAUGGAUGCCUACAGACAUGGCGCUCAACAGAUUCCUUCUCAACCAGACAAAGAGUGACCGAUUCAGGGGCUACAAACUGGAAAUGAUGGCCAAGAUGGAGAAAUAUUUGAAUUCUACCAAAUGCAGAAGGAAGUCAAUUUUGUCACAUUUCGAGGAUAAGCAACUCCGUAAGGUCACUUCAGGUAUACUGGGCACCAGCAAAUGCUGUGACAACUGUAAAUUUGGGACCACACUCAGCACUUGGAAAGGCUCUUCAGACCAGGACCUUAAGGACUUUGGACCCUGUGCCUUCCAACUGAUGGGAGCAGUGAGUGCCAUGGGGGAGAAGUUUGGGAUCACUGCUCCGAUACUCCUGCUGCGUGGCUCAAACUCUCAGAAAGUUCCUGAACGCUUUCGAAAGCACCCUUUAUAUGGAGCAGAGAGGAGUGUGUCUGAAGCCUGGUGGAGGGCUCUGGGGCGUGAACUUAUUUCUGAGAAGUAUCUGAUGGAAAGCACUGGCUACAACAAGUUCAGCACCCUCUGCAAACUCACCCCCCAGGGCAGAACAUGGUUAAACAAAGCUCAGGACGAGAGGCACAGGACCCUCCUUCUGCAGCCCAACAGAGAUCUGUGUCCAAGAGCUUAUGUGCCAAGAAACCAAGAUACAAGACCACCUGUAGUGAGAGUUCAAGGCUCUCCGCCGGGCACAGCUCAGUUAUUGCAGAGAGCAAAUCUCCGCUCUCAAGCAGAUGUCAGUGAAGUGGUCAAGAAGGGUGGGCCAUCAGAUUUCAGGUCAGAUUCUGGGUGUUCACAAGCUCCUCCAGCCAAACCUCAGCCUCCUGCUAUAUCUGCUAGAGAGCUGGAGUUACAGGCUGAGCUUUAUGGCAAGCUGGUAGCUGAGAGACAGAAACUGGCUAGCAUAAAAGAUGUCCCUCCAGCCAUACUGGCCACCAACAAAAUCCUCCUGGAUAUGGCAAAGCUAAGGCCCUGUACGGUUGCCAGACUAAAACAGGUGGAGGGCGUAUCUGAGGCCAAAGCGAACAUGCUGUCUCCACUGCUGCAGACCAUUCUGAAGUUCUGCCAGAUGCACAGUCUGCAGGAGGCUGUAGCCAGCUCUGCUGCUCCCUGCCCUGUGCAGCCACCCAGCACCCAGGCAGGAAGAGCCUCAGCUGUGCCUUUAACCGACAGUGUCGCUGUCUCCUACAAACUCUUCCAGACUGAGGGCAAAAGCCUGCGGCAGGUAGCUGAUGCUCGUAGCCUGCCUAUGGCAGUGGUGGAGUCCCAUCUGUUACAGGCUCAGAAGGCCAACCAUCCGCUGGACACAGAGAAAGCUGGACUCUCCACUUCCUUAUUCAACACUAUUACUCGUAUCGUGGCCUCCCAACCUCUCAGCUCAGACCUCAGUGACUUUAAGAGCAUUCGCACCUUGGUGCCGGAGGAAAUCGGCACUUUUCAACUCCAACUUUGCAUUGCUAAGCUUCAGAGAGAAGGUUUUCCCAAAUGUCUGCCCAGUCCACCAUCAGCACAGCACAACAUUACCUGGAUUGAGCUUCAGGCUAAGCAUGUUGAGGUGGAUGGUGUCAAACCCUCUCUCACUUCAGCGCUUCAACCACAGCAGCCUGAGCCUGAGCCUGAGCCAGAGCCGGACAGCAUGGACAUGAGUGAGGAUGAGCUUUUCAGUGAACUGCCUAUGCCUGAGGAUCUGGGUCCAACUGACGGUGGUGCCCAGUGUUUUGGGGAGCCUGUUGGGCCGUCUAAAACUGUCUCCUACACCAGUGGAAUGAAGCUGGCCUCCUGGAAUCAGGAGAAUCUGGACAAAGACACAUAUGAUCUGUUCAGCGAGUCACCAGUCAAGACUGUAAGCCAGACGCCUAAGAGGAAGCUCCCUGAUUGGGCAGAAAAGCCAAAGGGUUCAGUUGCUGCUGCUGCUGCUGCUGCUGCAACAAAGAAAAACAAAAAAAAGAAAGGACUGUUCAUGUGAUUUUCAGUGAAACUUGCAUUAUAUUUGAAUAAUAUGCCAUGUUUAUAUAUUUUGUGUAUUUUGUCUAAUAAAAGUAUUAUGUGGCAUUGAAAACUGCCACUCCCAAGUUA